AUUCGUCGAUUGCAAAUGUUGAGUUGUCGUGUUAUGGUGUUGUUGUUUUUCGUAGCGGAUAAAUUUGUUUUCAUUUUUGCCGUUGCCUUCGUGUUUUUUUGUUUAUACGGUGACUCAAUUACAUUAAAAAUGUAGUGAAUUUUUAGAACACAAAUCUUUAGUUGGACUUUGUUUAAUUUCAUAUUUUCAUUAUGAUCGAAAACUGCAAAAUAUGUGUGAUAAACCGUGGGAUAACUCAGAAAACUAAAUAUACGAAGCCAUUGAAAGAAAAUCGGAAAGCCAGUUUCGAGGCUCCAAUUACGCGCCAGCACUAGAAAUAGAGUGUGUAUAACCAGUUUGUUUUUAAUUUUGUUUUUGCUUGAUAUGUGAGAAGGAAUUAAUUGCAUGUGCUCAUAAGAAGUAUGCAAAAAGAAAGCAGAGCUGUGUCUUAAAUUGCAAAUAUUUAUGUGACAAAAUUUAUCCACCAAUGCGAAAAUAUUAGAAAGCAAUACAAAUUGCUACCGAAGCUGUGCAAAGGAUUAGCAUAAACUAUUUACAUAGUAUCUACUUAUAUAUAUUAUGCGACCUCUUUGAUUUCCAACCAAAAACAUCAAUCAAUAUGUCGUUAACGAAAAAAGACCCCACCCUGCGCGUUGCUGCCAAUGAUCCGCACUUGGUCAGUUUAGGAGGUGGACGUUUGAGCACAGCUGUUACCAUUCAUUACAUACCCAUAGGUGAUAUGACUAUUGGCUCGGCUUCCACUUGCAGCAUAUCUCUGAAUGGUAGCGGCGUCCGACCGAUUCAUUGCACCAUCUAUCGUAGCGAGGAGAACGAAGUGACAAUCGUACCAGAGCAUGACGCCCGCAUAUUGAUUGACGGUACGAAGAUCACACAGGAGACGAACCUCACGCAGGGUGCUAUGAUCACCAUUGGAAACUCGAAUUAUUUACGUUUCAACAAUCCAGCCGAGGCCCAAAUGAUGCGCUCAGCGAUGGGUUCCAACGAACGUAUCUCAAUGCCACAGAUAGACUUUACCCAAGUGUCACGACGUGAUUCCACCAAAAGCCUUAGCUCGAGCAAUGGCAGCGCAGAUGCACGGCAAUCGCUGGCCAUUGAUUCUUUUUAUGAGGAACAUAUCAGUCCUAUGUCAAAUGUACAAAUGUCAAUGUCAAUGGGCAGAGAGUCCAUGAAGAAUAUAUUGGGUAGCAACAAAUCGUUAUAUAACAACGUCGCUGCGGCGCCAAUCGACAUUAACGGUUUGCACUGUCCAAAGGUCUUCACAGCCGACUUGGUGACUGUGAAUAUGCCCGCCAAGGAUGUGUUGGGUCAGAAGUAUGCGAACUUCGCAAAAAAUUUAGCUGAAAAUCAUCGUGCAGAUAAGAAUGUCACUCCUUUGCGUAACAAUCAACUGAAUAACAUUAUAAAGGGCAAUGCCCAAAAUGUACCAGGAAAUUAUGUUAAUAUUCCGAGCACAUCGAAUUUCAUACAGAACACAAACACAAAUGGAGGUGGUGAGUUUUUGGCAAAGGUGAAUAAUACGACACUGUUACGAAGCGCGAGCAGUGCGAAUCAUCACAAUGUGCCCGCUUAUGAUCGCUACCCGAAACCAGGUACUUAUGGCGGUCUGCAAAUCUAUCCCAUGAACGGUGUGAAUACGGAAAUUAAUAGCAGCUCAACAAACUCCUCGCCGCUGCAUCGGUCGCAAUACGAGAGUUCACCGAGUAUGCAACGGAGGAAUCUGUCAAAUCUUAGCAACUCAGAGAAUGAACGCCUUGAAGACAUGCUGAAAAUAUGCACCGAAUAUUCCGAUCGCCAAAAUCAGAGUUGUGCCGCUUCACUUACUUCCUCGCCUAUAGUUCAAAACCGGAUCAAGACGAACGGUUCACUGCCACGUGACAAGAAGUCACCCUUCUACCAUGACCUAUCCGGUACGCAGCUUCAACAGUCCUUCUCGGGCAGCAAUAGCAAUCUCAGCGUCAAGGCUCAUAACGGUCCAGUAUCAAGCUCAUCUGGUUACGAGAAUGUUCGCUUGGUUGGGCAGAAUAGAGUAGAAAUCGGUGGUCAAUCUCAAGGCCCAAGUUCACCAAAGACUGGCUACGAAAAUGUGGUGAUGGGUAAAUAUGUGCCUCAAAGUCCACGUACCAAAAUACGUACCACUUGUAUGUCGCCGAAGAAAGAGCAUUCGUUUGUUAGUGUAUACGGUCAAGCGCCUAUCUCAGCAGUGCCACCACCUAUCGCACCUAAGCCGUCUAAACAUAGUGAAUAUGAGCAACUUAUCAAGACUUUUGAGGAGAAACUGAAAUUAGAAAUGCAGGCCAUCGAAGAGAGCAGUCGUUAUCAGCCGACUAGUGCUGCCGCCAAAACCGCGCCGUCGUCUGCUGAACACUCGCCAGCAAAGCGUGCAAACAAAAAUAUUAACAAUCUCACGCUGAACUUGUACGAGUCGAAUUCGUUGCAGAAUUCACCUAAGCUGCAGAAGAAACCAGCGCCAGCACCGCGAAUGUUUUCAAAAACAGCUCUGAUGAGCUUUAACAAUAGUGGCGCCGCCAAAAAUGUCGUCAUUGCUGGUAGCGGUGCUUCUUUGCAAAAAACAUCUGCCUCUGCCAGAAGCGAAGUGGAGGCAUCGAAAACAAAGCAGAUUUUGGCUGACACUGAAGACAUUGAGCAACUUAAGCAAACCAGAAAGCAGUUGGUUGUAAGAGUGCAGGAGUUGAAGAAUGAAAUAUCGGAACUGCAAAAACAGGAAGCAGAGGAACUGAGAGAGUUGGAUAUGGAAAAGGCACUAGUAACUGCCGAAGUAAAUUCGGUGGGUGAUUCCGUUGGUGAGCUGGAAACGCAGCUUGAGCUUUUGCAGAACAAAAUUCAUCGUUUCGAGGCACAAAGAAAUGCUACUCGUGUCAUGGAGGAGAAUCAGCAAGCCAAGCUGAAGCAGUCAAUUGAAAUGAAGCAGGAUCAAGUGAAGAAAUUGAAGUCGAUGUUGCAGCAGAAACCAAGUAAUGACUGCCUGAAAGAGGAACUACACAAUGUAAGUGAAUCACUGGAAAAUGAUCGCAAAACAUUUGAGGAUCUGGAAUUCCAGUACUUGGAAGAAGAAUCCGAGUGGCACGCCUACCGCGAGGAGUUGCAUAAUGAGGAAGCGAACUUGUCGGCGAAAAUAAAGGAAAAGCGCAUAGAAUUGCAACAUUUGGAACGUCAGGAUUGGGGCAAUACUUCAGUGCACGCGAAAACACUAAAGUCCAAAUUAGUGGCGGCAUGUAAUGCACUGAAAAUAGAGCAAGAGCACCUAAAAGCGGUUGAGAGCAGCAUUUGUGACAUUACCGGUGAAUUAAAAGUGGACUCGUCCGACGAAGAUAUCAGCACCGCAUCUUCAGCUUCACCAAUACUACACAACAAUCUUGCCGCAGGUGUUAUGUCCCAGUCACUUUUCGGUUCAGCCGAACUGCUUUGCCCCAAACGCAGCAGUGACGAUAUAAUGUCAAAGAGUGUGAAUGAGAAUAUGUUCUUCAAUAAUAAAAUUGAAUUACCAGCUCAAGCGCCAGUCACAAGUACCCCUAAACGUAAACAACUUUAUGUCGUCGAUAUUGACGAUGCGAAUUUGUCAUUUAAUCAUGUUGAUGCAGCGCCUAGCAGCGAAGGUGGAAAACACGGCACACAAAAUAAUGAGCAAAAUGCUGAACGGGUUAAAUUUAAUCUUACGCUGGGUAAUGAUGACUUCGAAGUGAAUCCACUGGAACGUCGGGUGCCAUCGCAGGACGACAUUGAUCGUAUAUGCAAGGUGACCAGUAGCGCACCCAUUUCAACAAAAGGCGCCAGUACGAGAAUAUUUGACAGUAUCAAAGAAAUCGAACGGAAUCGCCAAUUGCUGCUUGCUCAACAAGGUCAUCACGUGAUUGAGCAUGAGCGUCAAAAAAUAAUUGAUUUGAAGAAGAAGUGCCACGAUGAAGCACGCGCUCAAUAUCUGCUAAAAAUGAAUAACGGCGAAAUCGACAAUAACGACAGCAACUCUCCGAGCAACGCAAAUCAAUCUGAAAUGCGAGAGCUACAACGUUUGGAGAGCGGUGAGGCGACUGUGUGCUUGACUAAAGAUAGCAAAAGAGAUGCAAAUUCAUUGCAAAAGAGAAAUUCGUCAAUUGGAAAUGGAAAAGUAUUAUGUGCGCAGAGCUCCGCUGUUGAGAGUGUAAAUAAUAUGCCAAUGGACAAACCUAGUCAGCAACGUCACUCACAGCCCGAGUUCGUAGACACACAAGUGCGCCAUUCGCGUUCCAGUCCGCGCCCACUAUCGGAAGCCAACUCGGAAUUGAGCUGCGACCUAUUGGACAACGACCACAAAGGCACCUGCAAGUCGAAUUUCGAAUUGUCCACAGCGUCGGCAAAUGCAGCAGCCACAGGCAACCUUAUCUGCUCAAGUGAGCGUGUGGCCAGUGCCGAUGAGGUGGCCAACAAGCGUUCGAGCAUCAACUCUAACGAAACGACGUCGGGCGGCAGUGCCAGUGGAAGCGGCAGCGGUAGUGCGCAAGGCGAACGGAAACGUGCACUGCCCAAGCAUCAGCGUCCAUUGACACGUUACCUGCCAAUAUUUUCACCGGAUCUGAACCUGCGCCAUCACAUCGAGUCAGCUGGACACCAGAUUGCAUUAUGCCCGCACGUCUUUGUCGAUGCUUUCAGUUGUCGAGGUUAUUUGCAUAAACUGGGUGCAACAUUUCAUGGCUGGGCGCGACGAUGGUUCGUGCUUGAUCGUCAACGCAGCGCAUUCAUCUACUACGCAGACAAGUCGGAACGGAAACCCAGAGGAGGCGCAUAUUUUUCGACAAUCGACGAAGUAUAUUUGGAUCAUUUAAAUGCCUCGAAGAGUGGACGCCCUCACUGCACCUUCAUUGUGAAGACGAAAAAGCGCAGCUACCAUCUACAGGCGGCAUCGGAUGCGGCAGCCAGAAUAUGGAUUGAUGCCAUUAUUACCGGAGCUCAAGGAAAUUUAGACUACUAAGUUAGGAUACUUGUACCAUGAUUUAUAAGCACUUGAAUAAUUAUUGUAAAAUAGUAAGGUUAGGCUAGCGAGAGUUAUUACACUAAUAUUAUAUAGUAUAAAAAUAUCUUACGUAGGACCAAAGCCAAUUAUAUUCGAAAUUAUCCGAGUAACUGCUGAAGAGUGAAUUUUUGCUCAGACAUACAUAUAUAUAUAUAUACAUAUAUGAAUAUUUUAUAUUGAUUCAAGGAAACCAGUUUACAUUUUUAAUGUAUACACGACCCCUAGUUUAAAAGAGAUUUAAGUUAUGCUUAAGUGUUGAAGAAUUGGAACUAUUGCUCAAACUUUUUAAAAGAGAACUGGAGCCGAAAUCUAAAUCAAAUACCACUAUUUUGCAUGUAAUGAAUGUUCUGAGCAUCCGAUCAUAACUAACUGAAUAUAAAUAUGUUUCUACAUAUGUGUGCCUUUUCAAUAAUUUGCAUUAAAUACUUCCGUUGCUUUUUUUUUGUGAACUAUUUUUAUUUUUGAAAUUUAUUUAUAUGAAACUGAACUAAAGCCUUAUGUGUAUUGACAUUUUGUAUUGACGCAAGUAUUUUUUAUACAUUUCGUUGAAUCGGAAGUUUUUAAACUACAUACAUAUGUAUACUUAAGCAUAUUUAUUGAUACAUACAUAUGUUUAUGUAAAUCUGUAACCUAUUUGAAAACGUUUAACUUAAAGUAUGAUUCUAAAAUAAAAUGUAAUUUUGUAAGAAAACAUUAA